CCUCCCCUACGCCCCGCCUCUCCCCCUCCCCUUGACGUGGCAGAGGCGGACCAGCCAUGUUGGCCGGGCUGAGGUCUUUGCAGAGGCCGGGGGCGGGGCGGGGCCGGCCCUGAUUUCGGUGCCACGGGCUGCUCCUGCUCGGCGGAGAAGACUGAUUUUGUAAGGUGGAGGCUGCGACAGGCUGAGAUCUUGUAGAGGAGGCACUGAGAAAUAAGAAUCAAGCUCCACAAUGACAACCUAUUUGGAAUUCAUUCAACAAAAUGAGGAACGAGAUGGAGUCCGAUUUAGUUGGAAUGUUUGGCCAUCAAGUCGACUGGAAGCUACAAGAAUGGUUGUUCCCGUGGCAGCGCUAUUUACACCACUGAAGGAGAGACCUGAUUUACCGCCUAUUCAAUAUGAACCUGUUCUUUGUAGUAGGACCACUUGUCGUGCAGUUUUAAAUCCUUUAUGUCAAGUGGAUUAUCGAGCAAAACUCUGGGCUUGCAACUUUUGUUAUCAAAGAAAUCAGCGUGGUCCUCAGAUGCCUUUGAUAUUCCUCUACGUAGUUGAUACUUGCAUGGAAGAUGAAGAUUUACAAGCCUUAAAAGAAUCCAUGCAGAUGUCAUUAAGUCUUUUACCACCUACAGCUUUGGUUGGACUUAUUACUUUUGGGAGAAUGGUGCAGGUUCAUGAACUUGGAUGUGAAGGCAUUUCAAAAAGCUAUGUCUUCAGAGGAACAAAAGAUCUGUCUGCCAAACAACUGCAGGAAAUGCUGGGACUCUCUAAAGUACCGGUUACUCAGGCAACACGUGGUCCUCAGGUACAGCAGCCACCUCCUUCCAAUAGAUUCUUACAGCCAGUACAAAAAAUAGACAUGAAUCUCACAGAUCUUCUUGGAGAACUUCAACGAGACCCUUGGCCUGUACCACAGGGAAAGAGACCUUUGCGUUCUUCUGGAGUGGCACUUUCUAUAGCUGUAGGACUGCUGGAGUGUACUUUUCCCAAUACUGGGGCUCGUAUCAUGAUGUUCAUCGGUGGUCCUGCUACUCAGGGGCCUGGAAUGGUGGUUGGAGAUGAAUUGAAGACACCUAUAAGAUCAUGGCAUGACAUUGAAAAAGACAAUGCCAAAUAUGUUAAAAAGGGAACUAAGCAUUUUGAAGCAUUGGCUAAUCGAGCUGCUACAACUGGCCAUGUUAUUGAUAUCUAUGCAUGUGCAUUAGAUCAGACAGGUCUCCUGGAGAUGAAAUGCUGUCCCAACCUUACUGGAGGAUACAUGGUAAUGGGUGAUUCUUUCAACACUUCCUUAUUCAAGCAAACUUUUCAAAGAGUCUUUACCAAAGAUAUGCAUGGACAGUUUAAAAUGGGCUUUGGUGGUACAUUAGAAAUAAAGACUUCAAGGGAAAUAAAGAUUUCAGGAGCUAUUGGACCCUGUGUAUCUCUCAAUUCUAAAGGACCCUGUGUAUCUGAAAAUAUUUUGUUUAGUUUUUACUCCAUUAUUUUUACACAGCAUAAUGCUCCAAUUCCUCAAGGAGGGCGUGGUGCAAUCCAGUUUGUGACUCAGUAUCAGCAUUCAAGUGGGCAGAGACGCAUUCGAGUGACCACCAUUGCUAGGAACUGGGCAGAUGCUCAAACACAAAUCCAGAACAUUGCUGCAUCUUUUGACCAGGAGGCAGCUGCUAUUCUUAUGGCCCGGCUGGCAAUAUACAGAGCAGAAACAGAGGAGGGGCCAGAUGUGCUUAGGUGGCUGGACAGACAGCUCAUUCGACUGUGUCAGAAAUUUGGAGAAUAUCACAAAGAUGAUCCAAGUUCCUUCAGAUUUUCAGAAACUUUCUCCCUUUAUCCACAGCCGGUUCUUCUUGAUAGCAGUAGCAUUCUUGCAGAUCGUAUUCUUCUCAUGGACACAUUCUUCCAGAUUUUGAUUUAUCAUGGUGAGUGGCGGAAGUCAGGAUAUCAGGAUAUGCCGGAAUAUGAAAAUUUCCGCCACCUUCUGCAAGCCCCAGUGGAUGAUGCACAGGAGAUCCUUCACUCCAGAUUUCCAAUGCCGAGAUACAUCGACACUGAACAUGGGGGCAGCCAAGCCCGUUUUCUGCUUUCAAAAGUCAACCCUUCACAGACUCAUAAUAAUAUGUAUGCCUGGGGGCAGGAGUCUGGAGCACCUAUUCUAACAGAUGAUGUUAGUUUACAAGUGUUUAUGGAUCACUUGAAGAAACUUGCUGUGUCAAGUGCUGCCUGAAGUGCUUAAACAUUUUAAGGACAUUUAAGAAGAUAAAAUAAUAUUCCAAUUUCAUUUUUUUCCUCUUUCAAUUUAUCUGUGGAAACCAACAGAGAUCUCUCUCUAGACUUUUUUUUGUUUUAGUAUAGUUUAAGACAACAUAUGGAAAAAUGUUCACGUUUGUAGAUUAAGCUGGAAUAUAAUGAGAGCAAUAAGAACAAAUUUGUUUUGCUUGCCACAGUAUUAUAACUGGUUUUAGAAAUUUAAGGUCUUUAUAAGUGAAUUAUGUUUAAGGAUCAAAAUAAAGUCUGCCUUGUACUGCCGAUAUCACACUCAUUUGAAUAUUGCAGACAAAUCCAAAGCGGCACUGAAUGUCCUUGCUGACAUUUUAGAAACUUGUUUCUUAAUUUUAGCCAGAAAGUAAGAAAAGAAAAAUAGUAAUGAUAAAUGUGAACAUUUUUGCUUAUUCCAUUUUUUUUUGUGAUUUUCAGCACUUAUGUAUACACUUUUUCUGUACUUUUGUUAAAGCAGAUUUAUUUUUAUGACGAUUUGUUUAGGAAUUAUUUGACUUUAUAAUGGUAAUUUUCAUGAAGAUAAUUUAAUGGUUUUUGGUUAUUUGGAAAAAUAGUUUAGAGAUGAAAAGUUUUGGGGGGUAAUGAUCCCACACUGACAAUAAAUGUGAAAUUUCUACAAAGUACCCAACUUAAGUGGCAAAACAUGAUAAUUUUUUAAAAGGGAGAUAGAAAAUAAAUCAUUUUGUCAGAGUGCAUUUUAUUAAGCCUUUGCAGUAAAAUGACUCUUGUAACUACUAAAACAAUUUGGUUUUCACUGCAUGGUUUUGUUGUUUCCCCUUGUUUUUCUGAGGUAAAUUUUACAUUAUAUCCUUCAGUAUUUUAACACUACUUUGGGAGUUUACACAUUACUCUUUGUUUCUGCUUCCUUUUUGUGAAAUUUAUUAAGUCGUGGUUCUUUUUGAGACAGUAUUAUAUAAUGUUUGUUAAUUAUGUCACGUGAUGCUCAGUUCUAUUUUGAUUUAUUCAUUAGUGUCAUUCAGUUUUAUCAUUUAAAGUUUACUUGUAGCAAAUAUGUUUACAUUGCUAAAUCCAGAUGUGUUUUGACAAUGAAAUUUAUGUAUCAAGUACUGCAAAUAAAAGGUGGUGCUAUGAUAUGUUAUUAGAAGGACAGUUUUGAUGAUUGUAUUUGCAUGAACACUAUCAUAUGAUGGUAAAACAGAAACUUAAGAAAAAAAUUGUUCAUAUGAUAUAUUCAGUUAGCCUAAAUGAAUUACUUUGUUCCGUUUUAUUUGAAUUGGACUGUGCUAGGCCUAAAUGCCAAUAAAAUAUACUUUUCUCUGUU